AUGGACGUGACGUUCGAGACGACGCAGGGGCGGCGGUUCGAAAUCGAGAUCUGGUUCCUGUCGACGGUGCGGCGGAUGAAGGAGUACGUGCGCGAGGAGGCCGGGAUCCCCGUGGAGUCGCAGCGGCUCUUCUUCAACAACUCGGAGCUCGAGGACGACCUCGACACGCAGCACUACGCCAUCGCCCACGGUUCCCACGUCCUCAUCGUCCUCCCCGACUCCGCCGCCCCCUCCCCCGGCGCCGCCGCCAUCGACAAGCAGCAGAUCAAUCAGGCCGCCGCGGAGAUGGAUCAGGACGACCCGCCGGAGGGGGAAGGGACGGAGGUCCGCGACCGCGCCGUGAUCCGCCAACCGCCGGCGGCGAAUCCGGUGGCGGCGGCGGCCAAGGUCGUCCUGUGCGGCGGUGCAGGUAACAAGCAGCAGGGGCAGCAGAUUGGGAGGAUGUCGGUGGAGGUGAAGUGGGGCGGGAGGAGCGCGACGGUGGAGGUGGGGGAGGCGGACGCCGUGAAGGAGCUGCGGGCGGAGCUGGACGGGCAGCUGCUGCAGCUCCCCGAGGACGGCGGUUACUUCUUCAUCUACAAGCAGAACGUCAUGGAGGAGGACCGCACGCUGCGGUGGCACGACGUCAGGAGCGGCGACACCAUCGAGAUCUUCAACGGCAGGGUCACCGGAGGCGCUUGA